UGCCGAGGCAGGCUGGGCUCGCCAGGAGGAGUGGGUGCCGCGUGCCACCGAAGACCUAGUGGGACCGCUUGGGCCCGCUCAGGAUGAGGACGCGCGGGGCGACCCCUCGCCACGCGGCGGGGCUCCUCAUGCUGCUCCUCUGGUGCUUCGGGAUGGCGGAGCCUUCUGACCCUGCAGGUAAUCAUCCAUUCACCAUCUUCAAUGAAAACACAGGCAAGUGCAUCAAGCCACUAGUUGGCUGGAUAGUAGCAAAGGAUUGUGAUGGAAGUAAGGACAUGUUAUGGAAAUGGGUAUCCCAGCAUCGGCUCUUUCAUUUGCAAUCCCAGAAGUGCCUUGGCCUAAAUAUUACCAAACCCACGGAUUCCUUGAAAAUGUUCAGCUGUGAUUCCAAUGCCAUGCUGUGGUGGAAAUGUGAGCACCACUCUCUGUAUGGUGCUGCCCAGUACAGGUUGGCUCUAAAGGAUGGCUAUGCCAUAGCCAGUACAAACACAUCUGAUGUCUGGAAGAAAGGAGGCUCUGAGGACAGACUUUGUGACCAGCCUUACCAUGAGGUAUAUACCAGAGAUGGGAAUUCCUAUGGAAGACCUUGUGAAUUUCCAUUCCUAAUUGAUGGGACAUGGCAUCAUGACUGCAUUCUUGAUGAUGACCACAAUGGACCAUGGUGUGCCACCACUUUACAUUAUAAAUAUGACCAAAAGUGGGGCAUCUGCUUAAUACCAGAAAAUGGCUGUGAAGGUAAUUGGCAAAAGAAUGAGCAGAUUGGAAGUUGCUACCAGUUUAAUAAUCAGGCAACUCUUUCUUGGAAAGAAGCUUACAUUUCGUGUCAGAGUCAAGGAGCUGACUUACUGAGCAUCAGCAGUGCAGCUGAAUUAACUUACCUCCAAGGACAAGAAGGCAUUGCUAGAAUGUUCUGGAUUGGAUUAAAUCAGCUGUACUCAGCUAGAGGCUGGGAAUGGUCAGAUCACAAGCCAUUAAGCUUUCUCAACUGGGACUCAGAUAUGCCAAAGGCACUAAUAAUAGGUGGAUCAAGCUGUGCUGGAAUGGAUGCCGAGUCUGGUCUGUGGCAGAGUAUUUCCUGUGAAGCUCAACUAUCAUACGUCUGCAAGAAACCAUUAAAUAAUACUGUGGAGUUAACAGAUGUUUGGACAUAUUCACAUACCCGCUGUGAAGAAGGCUGGCUGCCAAAUAAUGGAUUUUGCUAUCUGCUGGUAAAUGAAACUGGUUCCUGGGAUGAGGCACAUAAGAAAUGCAAUGCCUUCAGUAGUGACCUAAUCAGCAUUCAUUCUUUAGCAGAUGUGGAGGUGGUUGUCACAAAAUUCCAUAAUAGGGAUGCCAAAGAAGAAAUAUGGACGGGACUUAGGAACAUCAAUAGACCAACUUUGUUUCAGUGGUCAGAUGGUACUGAAGUAACUCUAACAUACUGGAAUGAGAAUGAGCCAAACAUACCCUAUAAUAAGACUCCCAACUGUGUUUCCUGUUUAGGAAAGCUAGGUUACUGGAAAGUCCAAUCAUGUGAAGAGAAACUUAAAUAUAUAUGUAAGAAAAAAGGACAAAAAAUGAAUGACUCAAGAUCUGAUAAGAUGUGUCCUCCAGAUGAGGGCUGGAAGAGACAUGGAGAAACCUGUUACAAGAUUUACAAGGAUGAGGUCCCUUUUGGAACAAACUGCAAUUUGACCAUCACUAACAGAUUUGAGCAAGAAUACCUAAAUGAUAUGAUGAAAAAGUAUGACAAGUCUCUCAGAAAAUACUUCUGGACUGGCCUGAGAGAUGCAGACUCCCGUGGAGAAUACAGUUGGGCAACUGCUGGUGGAAUAAAGCAAGCUGUGACAUUUUCCAACUGGAAUUUUUUUGAACCAGCGUCUCCAGGUGGGUGCGUGGCUAUGUCAACUGGAAAGUUUCUUGGCAAGUGGGUGGUGAAGGACUGCAGAAGCUUCAGAGCACUUUCAAUUUGCAAGAAAAUAACUGGACCCCUGGAGCCUGAAAAAGCAGCCCCCAAGCCUGAUGGCCCUUGUCCUGAAGGCUGGCAUGGUUUCCCCUCCGGUGUUUCUUGUUACAAGGCAUUCCAUGCAGAAAGAAUUGUGAGAAAGAGGAACUGGGAAGAAGCUGAAAGAUUCUGCCAAGCACUUGGAGCACACCUGCCUAGCUUCAGUCAUAUGACUGAAAUCAAGGAAUACCUUCACUGGUUAAGGGAGCAGUUCAGUGACCAGCGUUGGCUAUGGAUAGGUUUGAAUAAAAGGAGCCCAGACCUACAAGGAUCCUGGCAGUGGAGUGAUCGUACACCAGUAACUACUAUUAUCAUGAAAAAUGAGUUUCAGCAAGAUUAUGACAUCAGAGACUGUGCUGCUGUCAAGGUUAUAUACAGGCCAUGGCGAAGAAGCUGGCAUUUCUAUGAUGACGGAGAAUAUAUUUAUUUGAGGCCUUUUGCUUGUGACACAAAACUUGAAUGGGUAUGCCAGAUUCCAAAAGGCAGCACUCCAAAAACACCAGACUGGUAUAAUCCAGAGCGUGCUGGAAUUCAUGGGCCUCCAGUUAUAAUUGAAGGAAGUGAAUAUUGGUUUGUUGCUGAUCCUCACUUGAACUACGAAGAAGCCGUCCUGUACUGUGCUAGCAAUCACAGCUUUCUUGCUACUAUAACGUCUUUUACAGGACUAAAAGCCAUCAAAAACAAAAUAGCAAAUAUAUCAAGUGAUGAACAGAAGUGGUGGGUGAGAACUAGUGAGCAGCCACUAGAUCGUCAUUUUAUAUACUCACGACAUCCCUGGCACCACUUUCCUAUGAGAUUUGGGGAGGAAUGCUUGCACAUGUCUGCCAAGACUUGGUUUAUGGACUUAAAUAAACCAACAGACUGCACAACCAAAUUGCCUUUCAUCUGUGAAAAAUACAAUGUUUCUUCAUUAGAGAAAUAUAGUCCAGAUUCUGCUGCUAAAGUUCAGUGUUCUGGGGAUUGGAUUCCUUUUCAGAAUAAGUGCUUUCUAAAGAUCAAACCCAAGUCUGUUAAAUUUUCCGAAGCAAGAGAUAUCUGUCACUCCUAUGGUGGCACCCUUCCUUCAGUGUUGAGCCAGAGUGAACAAGAUUUUAUUACAUCAUUGCUUCCGGAUAUGGAAGGUAGUUUAUGGAUUGGUCUGCGCUGGACUGCCUAUGAAAGGAUAAACAAAUGGACAGAUGAUAGAGAACUGACAUAUAGCAACUUCCACCCAUUGCUGGUUGGUCGAAUGCUGAGUAUACCAACAAAUUUCUUUGAUGAAGAGUCCCACUACCACUGCGCUGUGAUACUCAACCUCCCAAAGUCACCUUUCACUGGGUCGUGGAAUUUUACUGCCUGCAGCGAACACUACUCUGUAUCUCUCUGUCAGAAAUAUUCAGACACUGAAGACAGACAGCCCUUGCAGAACACCUCAAAAACUGUAAAGUAUCUUAAUAACCUGUACAAAAUAAUCCCAAAGACACUGACGUGGCUCGACGCCCAAAAGGAGUGCCUGAGGGAGAACAUGCACCUGGUGAGCAUCACCAACGACUACCAACAGGCAUUCCUCGCUGUGCAGGCAGUCCUUCAGAACUCUUCCUUCUGGAUUGGACUCUUCAGUCAAGACGAUGAGCUCAACUUUGGUUGGUCAGAUGGGAAACCUCUUCAUUUUAGUCGCUGGGCAGACAACAACAGGCAACUUGAAGACUGUGUAAUAUUAGACACUGAUGGAUUCUGGAAAACGGCUGAUUGCAAUGAUAAGCAACCAGGUGCUAUUUGCUACUACCCAGGAAAUGACACUGAAAAAGAGGUCAAACAAGUCAAAAGUAUUAAAUGUCCAUCUCCUGUUCUAAAUACUCCGUGGAUAUCAUUUCAGAACUCUUGCUAUAAUUUUAUGAUAACAAAGAAUAGACAUAUGGCAACAACACAGGAUGAAGUUCAUUCUAAGUGCCAGAAACUGAAUUCACAAUCACACAUGUUGAGUAUUCGAGAUGAAAAGGAGAAUAACUUUGUUCUUGAACAACUUCUAUACUUCAAUUACAUGGCUUCAUGGGUCAUGUUAGGAAUAACUUAUGAAAAUAAUUCUCUGAUGUGGUUUGAUAAGACCAUGCUAUCUUAUACACACUGGCGAGCAGGAAGACCCACUGUAAAAAAUGGCAAGUUUUUGGCUGGGUUGAGUACUGACGGCUUCUGGGAUAUUCAGACCUUUAAUGUUGUUGAAGAAACACUCAAAUUUUACCAGCACAGCAUUCUUGCUUGUAAAAUUGAAAUGGUUGACUACAAAGAAGAACAUAAUACUACAUUGCCACAGCUUAUUCCAUAUGAAGAUGGUAUUUAUAAUGUUGUCCAGAAAAAGCUAACAUGGUAUGAAGCAUUAAAGACAUGUUCUCAAAGUGGAGGUCAUUUGGCAAGUGUUCAUAAUGAAAAUGGCCAAGUCUUCUUGGAAGAUAUUGUAAAACGUGAUGGAUUUCCACUGUGGGUUGGGCUCUCAAGUCAUGAUGGAAGUGAAUCAGGUUUUGAAUGGUCUGAUGGCAGUGCACUUGAUUACAUCCCAUGGAAAGGCCAAAAAUCUCCUGGAAAUUGUUUGGUCUUGGAUCCAAAAGGAAUUUGGAAACAUGAAAAAUGCAACUCUGUUAAGGAUGGUGCUAUUUGCUAUAAACCUACAAAAGCUAAAGAGCUGUCCCCUUAUCCAUACUCCUCAAGAUGUCCAACAGUAAAAGAGAACGGGUCACAGUGGAUCCAGUACAGGGAUCACUGUUACAUGGCUGACCAGGCAUUGCACAGUUUUUCAGAAGCCAAGCAACUGUGUUCAGAACUUGAUCAUUCUGCAACUAUUGUCACCAUAGAGGAUGAAAAUGAGAAUAAAUUUGUGAGCACAUUGAUGAGGGAAAAUAAUAACAUCACCAUGAGAGUCUGGCUUGGAUUAUCCCAACAGUCUGUUGAUCAAUCUUGGAAUUGGUUAGACGGAUCAGAAGUGACAUUUGUCAGAUGGGAAAAUAAAAGUAAGAGUGGUGAUGGAAAAUGUAGCAUUUUGUUAGCUUCCAGUGAAACUUGGAAAAAGGUUGAGUGUUCACGUGGCUAUGGAAGAGUUGUCUGCAAAGUCCCUCUGGACUGCCCUUCAUCUGCCUGGGUUCAGUUCAAAGACAGCUGUUACAUUUUUCUUGAAGAAGCCAUCAAAGUUGAGAGUAUAGAGGAUGUCAGAAAUCAGUGUACUGACCAUGGAGCAGACAUGAUAAGCAUACAUAAUGAAGAAGAAAAUGCUUUUAUACUGAAUACUUUGAAAAAGCAAUGGAAAGGCCCAGAUGAUAUCCUCCUAGGCAUGUUUUAUGACACAGAUGAUGCAAGUUUCAAGUGGUUUGAUAGUUCAAAUAUGACAUUUGAUAAGUGGGAAGACCAAGAAGAUGCUGAGGAUCUAGUUGACACCUGUGGUUUUCUGCACACCAAGACAGGUGAAUGGAAAAAAGGAAAUUGUGAAGUUUCUUCUGUGGAAGGAACACUUUGUAAAGCAGCUAUCCCAUAUAACAAGAAAUAUUUAUCAGAUAACCACAUUUUAAUAUCAACUUUGGUGAUUGCUAGUACAGUAAUUCUGACAGUUUUGGGAGCAAUCAUUUGGUACCUCUACAAAAGAAAUUCCAAUUCUGGUUUCACCACAGUUUUUUCAACUACACACCAAUCACAUUAUGAUGACGACUGUGUUUUGGUAGUUGCAGAAGAAAAUGAAUGUGCUGUUGGAUUUGACUAAAUUUUUGGUAAUGUCAAAACAGAUUGACACCAAAUGCCUUGACAGCAAUUCCUGUGCAAGAUUUUCAUUUAAAACUUGAUAUUGAAUAUCAUAGCUUUUAUGGUUAUUCCGUAACAGUAAUAGUAUUUUCAUGUACUCAUUGGGACAAGAAUUAAUCUUCCAGUUCAUUAUUAAUGUAGAUUUUACAAAAGGAAAGAUCUUAAAUUUAAUUUAUAGGUUAUAACCAGUUCUUCAAAAGCAGAAACUUUUCACUUGAAUGAAAGAAAGCUUUAUGUCCAAGAAGUUGAUAAUCCAGUCUACUUGUCUUACCUACUCUAUCUUCCUCUCCAUUUAGUUGAACCAGUUUAGUUUUUAAUUCAACAGUCUUGCUCAUUUAUUGAUAAAUGUGAUUUAGGGACUCAAUCCAUUUUUUAAAUAGACCCUGUACAUUUAAAUAUUCCCGAUACUGGCUACUUUGGCAGAAAGUUCCUCUAUUUGUAUUUUAUGAUUUAGAUGAAACAGCACUGAUCAUGAAUGAUUAAACUUUUAUAAAAAUUUUUAAAGAAGAAUAUGGCUACAUCUACAAACUCAUGGAGAAGUCUGGCAAUCCAAUUAACACUGGUAUCAUAGUGUCCAUUUAAGGAUUCUUCUGAUCUCCUAUCUUUAUGUACUCAAGGUAUUAUGCUCCCAAAACAUUUAGAAAUUUUAUCUUUUAAUGAUAUGAAAUUAUGGAAAAAUAAAAAGAAAAUAAAAAUCACUCAUGUCCCCACUAUUUAGAGAAAAAUGACAAAAACUAAGCCAAGACUAAAAAACAAACAAAAAAACCUAUGUACAACUAGUGAAGAUGCACAAAGUUUUCAGUAUAUUUAUUGUAAAUUUCAGGACAAAGGUGAAAAUAAACAUUUGGGAGUUUGAAGAAAGUUGAAAUGAGUGGUUUUCCUUAGUAUUUUAAAAAAUAGUAUCAAAAAAGAUGAAGAAUGUAUCGGUUUCACUUGAAACUGUAUUUACUACCUGUAUUAGCUUGAAAGCUCUAGUAAUCUCUCCAUAACCCUCACCUGAUCAAUCAUUUGGAAGCAGUAAUUUUCUUAAAGGGAGAUCCAUUCUAUCUCCAGCUUCACUAAUGACAGUUUAUACCAUUUGUUUUCACUAACCACUGUAAGUCAGAAACACCCCUCAUCACAAUUAAUGGCCCUAUUGUUAAUAAGACUCCAGUAACUACAAAGUCCUAACAUAAAAUUAUCAACAGUGUAGACAUGUAGUACUAAAAGAGCAAGUGUUAACAUACUAGCUGCAUUACAUGUGCAAUAUUAUUGCUCUAUAGAAGACUGAGAUUUUAUAUAGUGAUUGAGAUUUCUAAUACAUAAUUGAUAGGCUAUUUAUAGUUGUAUUAAUGAAUAUCUGCCAGGAAUUCCUUCCUACUCAUACUACCCUAACUGUACCAUUCCUUUAAAAACUAAGACCAAUCUUAUUACCCACCCCCACCAAUCAUUCAGAUCUCUAGAUCUGAUAUGUAGAUCAUUACCCACAGGAGGCUACCUAAGUUAAAUAUAAACAGUUUAAAUUCAAUCCUUCAAUUACAUUUAAGAAACAUUUUAGAGGCCAGGGUUGUGGUUCAGUGGUAGAAUGCUUGCCUAGCAUGUGUGAGGCACUGGGUUGGAUCCCCUGCAUCUCAUAAAAAAUAAACAAAUAAAAUAAAGGUAUUGUGUCCAUCUAUAACUUAAAACAAACAAACAAAAACAAAACACCAAAGCGAAACAUUUUAAGCACUCAAACCUCAUGUGGUUAGUGGCUACCAUACUAGCUAGCAUAUACUGAAGAACACUUCCACCAUCACUUCCAUCAUCAGAAAGUCCAAACAGAACAGUGCUACUCUAAAAUCUACUAAAUUUUCAUGUAACUAUUUUCUGUACACAUUUUGACAAUUUCUACUAAAUGCGGCUCCAGCUCUUGCAAAUGGCUGUUUUAAAUUAUUUAAUUUUCAAUGUUUGAUUUCAUUUUAUAACAAGUCUAGAGGUCCCUGGUAAUUAAAUGUUAAAUCUUAAUUAUAUUUACAUAUCUGGCCAGGGACAGUGGUCUCGCCUGUGCAAUUCCCGCAACUUGGGAGGCUGAGGCAGGAGGAUUACAAGUUCAAGGGAAGCCUCAACAAACUGAGCCCGUCUCAAAAAAAUAAAAGGGAUGGGGAUAUAGGUCAAUAAAGCACUUUGGGUUCAAAGUUCCCCAUUACACCCCUCAAAAAAAAAAAAAAAAAAAAAAGCAGGCUUGUUAAUUACUUUCAGAAUGUGGAAAUUGCUUUCUUCAAUAACUUGUUUCUGGUUGAUGAUGACUUUUUACUUUUUUUUGCAGUGCUGGGGAAUCAAACCCAUGGCCUCCCACAUGCUAAGUAAAUAUCCCCAGCCCUGACAACAUAUGCUUGGCAGUAGUAUAGAGAGAACAGCUUUAAACUACAAGGUCUUAGGAGUUUGCAUUCUUUGUAGUGAUGUAUGAUCUCUUUUGUUCAAAGUUUAAAACUGAUAACCAGCGAAGACUAUGCUUAUUCCUGUUUAUUCCUCUAUAGUGUUAAAUUUACACAACAGCAGAAGCUGACAUGACUAUAAGACUCAUUGUCUUGUUAUCAAUAUCGUGUUUUUGCAGUUAAUGAAAAACAAUAAGAAAAUGACAUUUUUUAAAAAUAAAAUAUAUUGUGGGUUAAGAAGAAGACAAUUUUCAUAAUAAAUUCUAUUUAAAUAUAAUAUUUUGAAUCCAAAGCAUCUCAAAGGACUGACAGAAUAUAUUGAAACUGGUAUCCUUCAAUUUUGUGUUUUUGCUUUAAGUAGGCAAUGCAAAGAUAACAGGGAAGAAUUCAGCAAAUGUUUUAGAAGCAUAUUGAAAUGGGAUGUGAAAUUUUAAUAAAAUUCUUGGCUACAA